UGUGGAGGACGCCAUCCAUAAAAUUUACAUGUUGUGGCCUUAGUAAUACAUCACAUCGCUGCAUACCACCGCGGCUUUUAACCUCCAUGUAGACGUGCACAGCCAGCACAUGUUACACAAUCUCUCGCUGCCGGGGGCCGAUCGAUCAGUCAGCCGCUAUAGGAGCGUCAGACUGGCGCACGGCAUGGCGACGACAACACGCUGCCUUCAGUUUUUGGUCGUGACGCUGAUGAUCCUCUGUAACGACAAGACCGUGGCAGGUGACGUCAUCGGGGGGAGAGGAGGCCGCGGGUCCACAGACUGCCCCGCCGUGAAAAACGGGACCUGGACCUUCCACGCACCUGCGGGGUUUCCCACGGCGAGACACCUGCCGCCGCUCCGAGCCACCUGGAAGCACCUGGAACAGCACCUGCAAACAGCUGAGGGGAUGUUGGAACAGGUCAAGAGGCACCUGGCCAUGGGUUCCCCGGACAUGUGGAUCGAUUGCUCGGCCAUUUUCCACUGGUCGAACGAGACGGCCAGAAGCGGCGUGUACACCAUCCGCCUGGCGGGGGCGAACCGAACCGUCCCCGUCUACUGUCGCAUGGAGGGCGGGCAGGGCUGGACGGUCCUCAUGCGGCGCCAGGACGGCUCCGUGGACUUCUACCGCACCUGGGAGGAGUACAAGGUCGGCUUCGGCAACCUGUCCACGGAGUUCUGGCUCGGCAACGACAACAUCCACCUGCUGACCAACCAGGCCAGGUACGGGCUGCGGGUGGAUUUGGAAACGUUCGACGGAGAAUCGAGCUACGCCCAGUACCGGAGCUUCUCCGUCCUGGACGAAGCCUCCAAGUACAAACUGUCCCUCGGGCGUGGGUUCAGCGGGACCGCCCGCAAUGCUCUCCGCUUCAGCAACAACAUGACCUUCGCCACAUGGGACAAUGACGCUGCUACCGCGACGGCCUUCAGGUUCAGGAGUGCGGGGUGGUUAUCCAACUCGUAUUUCCCCAACCUAAACGGCGUGUACUACACGCCGCAAACCGUGCCGACCAAAACCAAAUGGCCUCUUGAUACCAUCAGGUGGUACCUCAGGCUAGAUGAUGAAGGCAAUAUUUACCCCUUACUGAAGUUUGUUGAGCUGAGGGUCGCACCUGAAGUUACAUGAAUGAUGUUUACGAUUUUCCUGUCAGGGCGUCGUGGUCACACGCAUUUGUCGUGAGGUAGCCUUACGAGACCGAAUCGUGAUGUGUUGUACAAAACCCAACUGUCUUGUGACUGACAAACUUGCUGCUGAUCCUUGCCGACGGCAGAUUCUUCCUUAGACCCGACUAAAAUUCUACAACAAAAAAAUCGUGCGACAAAUGUGACCACGCCUGUACAUUAUAUAGCCACUUUUCCACAUGUUCAGAAGUAGAACGUUCCUAAAAACUUUAGAUGUUGAAUAGUUUUCUUCUUUUCUAAAUUCAUUUUUUAA